AAGACAUUUAUUGACGCGCGUGAACAUUAUGUGAAACGUCAAAGGAUGGAAAUGCGUCGCAAAGGCUUCUGUCUGCUCGAGGUGUGCGCCAUCAUGAGCCUCCUGCCUUCCGGCUCUCUGGCAGAUCUGACGUGCGAAGCUCUGCUCAUGCUGUCGGGAAAUGUCUCACUACAGUCGCUGGCCUCCUGGAACCAAACCCUGAGCAACGCCACGGGUCAGUGGAGCGGCUCGGGACCGUACUGCGACACCUCCAUCGACGGCAUCGGCACCUGCUGGCCCAGGAGCAGCGCCGGCCAGAUGGUGUCGCGACCCUGUCCGGAGAUGUUCUACGGCGUCAGAUACAACACCACCAACAACGUUUAUAGGAAAUGCCUUGCGAAUGGGACGUGGGCGCUGAAGGGGAACUACUCCAUGUGUAAGGCCAUCCUGCACGAGGAGAAGAAAGGCAAGAUGCACUACCAGAUCGCCGUCAUCAUCAACUUCCUGGGCCACUGCAUCUCCAUGGUGGCGCUGCUGGUGGCCUUCUUCCUCUUCCUGUGUCUCAGGAGCAUCCGCUGCCUGAGGAACAUCAUCCACUGGAACCUCAUCACCGCCUUCAUCCUGAGGAACGCCACCUGGUUCAUCGUGCAGAUGACCAUGAGCCCCGAGGUGCACGAAAGCAACGUGGUCUGGUGCCGCCUCGUCACCGCCUCCUUCAACUAUUUCCACUCCACUAACUUCUUCUGGAUGUUCGGCGAGGGCUGCUACCUGCACACGGCCGUGGUCCUCACCUACUCCACCGACAAGCUGCGCAAGUGGAUGUUCAUCUGCAUCGGCUGGUGUAUACCGUUCCCUAUCAUCGUGGCGUGGGCGAUCGGGAAGCUGUACUACGACAAUGAGAAGUGCUGGUUCGGGAAGCGAGCCGGCGUCUACACCGACUACAUCUACCAGGGUCCCAUGAUCCUGGUCUUAGUGAUCAAUUUCAUCUUCCUCUUCAACAUCGUGAGGAUCCUGAUGACCAAACUGCGAGCUUCGACCACAUCGGAGACGAUCCAGUACAGGAAGGCCGUGAAGGCCACUCUGGUGCUGCUGCCCCUGCUGGGGAUCACCUACAUGCUGUUCUUCGUCAACCCGGGCGAGGACGAGAUCUCUCAGAUCGUCUUCAUAUAUUUCAACUCCUUCCUGGAGUCCUUCCAGGGCUUCUUCGUGUCCGUGUUCUACUGCUUCCUAAACAGCGAGGUGCGGUCGGCCGCCAGGAAGCGGUUCCACCGCUGGCAGGAGCAGCACUCCAUCCGGGUCCGGAUGACCCAGGCCAUGUCCAUCCCCACGUCCCCUUCACGGGUCAGCUUCCACAGCAUCAAGCAGUCCACGUCGCUAUGA